AACGAAAAAAAAAAGAUCAAAAUAAAAAAAUCAAAAUAAAAGUAAAAAAAGAUAGAAAAAAAAAAUGGGACGGAGAGCGGACGAGGAGUACGAUUACUUGUUCAAGGUGGUGUUGAUCGGCGACUCCGGCGUUGGCAAGUCCAAUCUCCUCUCCCGCUUCACUCGCAAUGAGUUUUGCCUUGAAUCCAAGUCCACCAUCGGCGUCGAGUUCGCCACUCGAACCCUCCAAGUGGAGGGAAGGACAGUGAAAGCACAAAUAUGGGAUACAGCGGGGCAGGAGCGAUAUCGGGCAAUAACCAGUGCAUACUACCGUGGAGCCCUUGGAGCCCUCUUGGUCUAUGAUGUGACCAAGCCGACCAGCUUCGAGAAUGUUAGCCGGUGGCUCAAGGAGCUCCGUGACCAUGCAGACUCCAACAUUGUCAUCAUGCUAAUUGGCAACAAGAUCGACCUCAAGCAUCUCCGUGCUGUUGCUUCCGAGGAUGCACAGAGUUUUGCUGAGAAGGAAGGGCUCUCCUUCAUCGAGACAUCUGCUCUCGAGGCCAUGAAUGUGGAGAAAGCAUUUCAGAUGAUACUGGCCGAGAUAUAUCGAAUCAUCAGCAAGAAAUCUCUGUCAUCUUCCGAUGAGCCCGGAGCUGGAACCACUGGAGGGAUCAAAGAUGGAACAACCAUCAAUGUAUCUGCAGAAACCAGCAUUACAAAGAAGCAAUGCUGCUCAACUUAGAGAUCAAACUCUUAUUCCUUACCCUUCUCUUUAAACUCUUGCUGGCUGUAAAUUCCGCACUUUGAAAUUUGUCUUUAAGCCUUGUUUGCCAUCAGGCUUGUGUUCUUUUGCAGAGAGUGAUCUUAUUAUUUUU